AUGUCAGCACAGCUGUCAACUCAGAUGCAAACACAAUCGUCAGAUGUUUCAUCGCAGAUACAAGCGCUGGAGAUACGUAUAUCAGCAGCGGUAUCAGCACAGAUGUCAUCCCAACUGGAAGCACAGGAUGCAAAGAUUUUGGGAAGACCACCGUACUCGCCUACUCAGAAAGAUUUGAAGGCGUACGGAGGAAGCAUAAUACAACUGAGAGGCGUUAUCCAGGUUGAUGUUACUCACGGAGGAACUACCAAGAGGCUUCCAGUACUUUUAGUAGAGAGUGAUAAAGCGACAAAUAUUAUGGGACUCGAUUGGUUUCAAGCGUUAAAUUUUAGUUUAGUUAUACCCACCGAAGAGUGUUAUGCUAAUAAUUCUUACAUUACUGGUCGGGCAUCAGAAACAAGUUUGAUCGUUGAGCUGCAGCAACUCGCUCGCGAAUAUCAAAAGAUUUUUUCAGCGGAUUUGGGUCCUUGCACGACGUUUAAAGCUGAAAUUAAGCUCAAGCCAGAUGCUCGGCCGAAAUUCUAUAAACCAUACAACCUACCGUUUGCACAAUACGAUGAAGUCCGCGAUGAAAUAGAGCGGCUGGUUAAGGCAAAGGUCUUAACAGCAAUUAAAGCAAGUGAGUGGACCGCGCCGAUAGUCGUGGUCAAGAAACCGAAGGGAGGUGUGCGUAUUUGUGCUGACUUCAAGGUAACGGUAAAUCCUCAAAUUGAAAUAGAUAGAUAUCCAAUACCCAGGAUAGAAGAACUCUUCCACAAACUGCAAAACGGUAAAUUCUUUACAAAAAUCGACUUAAGUGAAGCUUAUCUUCAAGUGGAGGUAUCAGAAGAAGCCAAAAAGUUUUUGGUAAUCAACACCCCAUUUGGACUAUACCAAUACCAACGUAUGCCUUUUGGUAUAGCUAGUGCACCGGGGCUGUUUCAGCGCCUCAUGGAGAAUGUGAUAGCCGGGAUCCCACAUAGUGCCGUGUAUCUGGACGACAUUAUUGUGUCGGGUCGAACCAACGAGGAGCAUAUGGACAACGCCUACGAAUAUACAAUACGUUACAGAAAGUCUAACGAAAAUGCCAACGCGGAUGCGCUUUCCAGAUUGCCAGCGGGAAACGAUCCGGAGUUCGAUGAGGAGGAAAGUAGCUGGGAAAAUAUCGAUACCGCUUAUCAGAUCACAGUAGAAGGGUUUCCGCUGAAUGCUGAAAUCGUCAAGGAGUAUACGAAGAAAGAUGAAACACUUAAACGCAUUUGCAAAAUUAUGUUAGAGACGGUUGGCCCGUCAACAUUUCGAAUUCUGAAGAGUGAUGUACUACUCCUUCACACUGAGCAUACAAGAGUAGUAAUCCCAAGCGCCUUACGGAAUAAGGUACUGGCAAUGCUGCAUGAGGGUCAUUGGGGAAAAAGUCGAAUGAAGGCAAGGCGUUACGUAUGGUUCCCUGGCAUCGACAAGGACAUAGAACGUAUUCACGACAAUUGCGCUAUUUGCCAGACAAAUGGGAGGCAACCCAAACGGGAAUUUUCGACCUGGCCCGAACCUAUGACACCGUGGGAAAGAGUCCAUGUGGAUUUUGCGGGACCAUUUUUUAAUCGAAUGUGGCUGCUUCUGGUGGAUGCUUAUUCAAAAUUCCCGUACAUCGUGGAACUUGCAUCCACAUCAUCAAUAUCAACAAUCGCAGCACUACAACGUAUUUUCUCAAUUGAGGGACUGCCUUGCACUAUCGUCUCGGACAAUGGACCCCAAUUCACGGCACACGAAUUUGAAAGUUUCUGCAAGCUGAAUAAUAUCCAGCACCUCACCACUCCUCCGUUCCAUCCAGCAUCCAACGGCCUUGCAGAGAAAUGUGCGAACAUUCAAAGAAGCGUUCAGCAAAAUAAUGAAAGAGGAACAACAAGUGGAGCGAGCGCUCUAUAA